AAAUAUCAAAAACUGCUCAUCUUAGAAUUUGGCAUAUUAAAAAGAAAAACAAUUUUCUGUAUGUUUUCUCAGCAAAUAAAAUAUCAAAAUUAAAAGCAAGUUAUAUAUGUAUGCAUGUGUAUAACAUGUUGCUCUGCUCUGCUACUUUAUUGUGCAUUUCGAAAAUCCGGCAUCUCUCUCUCUCUCUCAUGAAAAGCAAAAUUUAUUGUUAAGUACAUACUGGAAAUUGUAUGAAAAUUUUGUUUUGUGUAUAAUGUCUCAAAACAAUGAAAAAUAAAACAUACCUGAUUCUCUCUCGUCGUAGACUUUCUCUGCAGAAAGGAUGAAUAAAAAGCAGGUUCGAUUAUUGUGUAUCUUGUCUCUUCCGAGUAAAUAGACUGUGUGUGUGAUUAUUUAUAAAGAAAUAUAUUACUUUCACACUGAAUAUUUAAUAAAUAGAAAUAAUAAUGAGCAAAAAGUUGACCCUUUGUGCUCGCCGAAAAUCCAAGAGAAGAUUCUUCUUAAAAUUAAGACGGGAGAGGCAAAGAAAAGCAGAAGCUGAAAAGGCUGAGAAGGCUUCUCAGAAUACUGAGAAUAUUGAGAAUGCAACUAAUAAUAUUCAUAACGAUAAUAAUAUUCAGAUAUCCGUUAACUCUAAUGUUGAAUCGAAAGUUGAUAAUGAAAUCCUGCCUGAUCAAGUUGAGGAAGAAAAAGUUGCCGAUUAUGAGAAACUAACAGAGGCAUAUGAAGAGGAAAGCAUAUAUAAUGAAAAUAUCGCAAAUUGCAAGGAUAAGGAUAAUUUAGUUAUGGAUAAUGAGUGUGUUUUGGAUAACGAAGAAAGAGUAGAAGUAUAUGAAGAAAACAAAGAACAUGAAGAAGAAGAAAACACAUACAUUGAAAAUUGCGAGGAUUUGGAGGAUUUAAUUAUAGACAACAACUCUUUGUCAGAUAGAAUCAAUAAUAUACCAAAGAACAUACCUGAAGGCCGCUGUAUAGUAGAUUUCUCUUUUAUGUGGAACGAGUUACAUCGGACGUUCGAUGAUCAUGCACGAGGGAUAGAAUGCCAGUUCAAGUAUUGGCAACUUGUCAAUUUUCGUCAUUGCGGAUUAUUAACACAACUAUUUUUUAAAUGUCAAAUGUGUAAUUACGAAGCAAAUUUUUGGACAGAACCUAAGGAUUCUAAAAACAAUAUUAAUGUAGCUGCUGCAACUGCAUGUAUUAAAGUAGGAAUUGGUUAUACUCAGAUGGAAACACUAUUUAAGUGUAUGAACAUUAAAUUUAUGUCUGAGAAGACUUAUAUAAAAAAUCGAAAUGUUACCUCAUAAAAAGACAGUUCUAAAGAAUAUUAAAGCGGAAUCUUCUUGAAACUAA